AUGUUUAAGAUACGCAGAAACAAAGAUGAGGAGCCAACCGCUCCAGGGCAGGUGAGAAUUAAAAAGAAGUCGAACGUGCCGGGAGUUAUGAUCACCCAAUACGUGGAGGAACUCCCAGAAGACAUGAGCACGCCAGAUUUCACUCGGAAACCAAUCUCUCUGACACUUCAAGAAGGAAAACCGGCGACCUUCAGAGCAGUAGUUACUGGAAAACCAACACCAGUAGUGACCUGGUUGAGAAACAAUGGAGACAUUGAUGAAGGGUACAAUAUCUCCUUCGAUGCAGGUUCUGGUGAAUACCAGCUACAGCUGCCGGACGUAUCGGUGGAUCAAGCCGACACGUACAAGUGCUUAGCGAAAAAUGAAUUUGGAAAAGCUAUUGUCACCGCAACCCUUAACGUUAUUGAAGUUGGCUUCAAAAAGAGCAAAGCUUUGCAACAGUCCAGGACAGCCGUCCGGGAAGUACCAGAGGAUUUCAAAAAGACCUUGAAAACAGUGGUUGACACUGAGCCGAAAGAGGAGGAAAAACCCGUAAUGGAUGAAAAGUUUUGGGAAGAGUUGAUGAGUUCAGACAAGAAAGACUAUGAGAGCGUCUGUGCGCGGUACGGGAUCACCAAUUUCCGUUGGAUGCUGAAAAAACUAAGUGAGAUGAAGGAAGAGAGGGAGCAAGAAGAAGUGAAGGUUGUUGAAAGACGUGGCAUACUGAAGGCCGUUGAAUUGAAACCUGUUGAUGAUUCAGACAUUGAAGUUGAAGCGCCUGUCUGCAAAAUCUUCCUAUUUAAGGAUGGAGUUAUGAUUCCUUUUGAUGCUGAAACAGAGAUAAAACAUGGAUUGAAGCAAGUGGGAAAGAAGUUUAGCAUGAAUGGUGUCGACAUGGAGGAUGCGGGAUUGUGCGAAGUGGAGAUUGAUGGAAUUAGGAUCUUCUCAGCUGAUUUGAAGAUUCCCCCUUUAGAAUUCUUGGUUAAAUUGGAAGACGUGAAGGCAGAGGAGAGAGAGGACGCCAUGUUCGAGUGCCUCAUCUCUCAACCUAUGAAAAAGAUAACUUGGAAGUUUAAAAACACCCCACUGGAGCAAGGGGAAAAAUAUGACAUCCUUGUGUCCGACGACAUGCUGAUCCACACGUUGGUGGUGAAGGACUGCCAGCCACUGGAUAAAGGAAUCUAUGCCGCAGUGGUUGGACUUGCAUCUUGCAGUGCCUGGCUUAUAGUGGAAGUGGACAAAGAUCUGAACGCGAAAGGGAAGAAGAAAGCUCGCAAAACAACCCGGGCAGGUGGUGGUGGUGCUGAUCUGUUGUUGAUAGCUCAAGAGCAAAAUGCUAAGGUACAGAAGGAGAGGGAUGAGAUGAUUGCAAAGUUAAAAGCGGAGGCAGUAGCCGCCGCUGCUAAGGCUGCAGCUGAGAAGGCAGAGGCCGCAGCUAGAGCUAAAGCUGAAGCUGAAGCCAAAGCCAAAGCUAAAGCAGAAGCUAAGGCAGAAGCCAAAGCUAAAGCCAGACCAGAAGCAGAAGCAGAAGCCAAAGGGAAGCCAAAAGCAGGGGCAAAGGUUAAGGCAAAGGCAGAAGAUGAGGAGGCAGAAGAUGAGGAGGCAGAAGAUGAGGAGGAGGAAGAGGAAGUGUCCGAAGCAGCUGAAUCUACUCCAUCACAACCAAAGAAAAAGAAAAGAAAGAGAGUGAGGACAGGCCCACUUGUUCCUGAUACAGUCAUCGACCCUGGAGUUUUCUUCACCGGUGGACUUUCGGAUGUAAACGCCAUCAUCGGCACUGAUGCAGAAUUGGUGUGCAGACUGAGCAGCGAGGAAUGUGAUGGAGUUUGGUUCAAAGAAGGGAUAGAGAUAACAGCUACAGAUGACGUCUGUAUCGUUAAAGACGGGACUUAUCGCAAACUAAUUAUCAAAAACUGCCAAGAAGAGGAUGCUGGGAAGUACCGAUGUGAAGCCGAUGGGCGUAAAACAGAAGCUGUGCUAAUUAUUGAAGAUCCUCCGAGAAUAAACACAGAUGACCUUGCUGUGUUCAUAAAACCGGUCACGAUCAAAUCUGGGAAAGAGGCAGUGUUUAAUGUGUCCUUUGUUGGCCGGGAGCCCAUGAAGAUCCAGUGGUACAAUGAGGGCGAGGAGCUGCUGGAGGACGCCAACAUCAAGAUUGAAAAAUCGUCCUCAAACAGUCGUCUGGUUCUCACCAAGUGCCAACGCAAGACCACAGGAGAAAUUAAGAUUAAGAUCAGAAAUGAAUUUGGGAAAGCUGAGGCUACUACACAGCUUAAUGUCUUAGAUAAGCCGACCCCACCCAUGGGCCCUGUGGAUAUAAUUGAAAGCUCAUCAUCUUGCAUUGACUUCAAAUGGCGGCCUCCCAAAGACAGCGGCGGCUGCCCCAUCACGGACUACGUCAUGGAGCGACAGCAAAUCGGCCGAAACAGCUGGAAAAAACUAGGCAAGAUUGGCCCGGAGCCCAAAUACAGGGACACCGAUGUGGAUCAUGGCAGAAAGUACUGCUACCAUGUCAGGGCUGAAACCGAUCAUGGCAUCAGUGAAAUGAUGGAAACAGACGACAUUCAGGCAGGGACAAAGGCUUACCCUGGUGCUCCUUCUAUGCCAAAGAUUGUUAGUGCUUUCAAAGACUGCAUCAAUCUUGCUUGGUCUGAGCCCACUAACACCGGAGGAACCAACAUUUCCGGUUACAACGUGGAGAAACGCAAAAACGGCAGUAAUCUGUGGGGCCUCGUCAACCCGCCUCUGGAGCCCAUUAAAGAGAGCACGUACGCAGUAAAGGAUGUUGUUGAGGGCUUCUCGUAUGAGUUCCGUGUAUCAGCAAUCAACAUUUCUGGAGCCGGAGAACCAAGCGCACCCUCUGAAUUCGUGUUUGCAAGAGAUCCAAAAAAGCCCCCUGGUAAAGUCCUUGACUUGAGGGUGACCGACUCCACGUACACCACCUUAUCUCUGGCCUGGACGAAACCCAUCGAGGAGGAAGGGGUCCAGGAUGAGGCCAAAGGAUACCUCGUGGAGCUCAGACCGGCUGAAAACCCAGAGUGGAGUAGCUGUAACUCCAGUCCAAUCAUUAUCAACUCUUAUACUAUUAUGGGUCUGAAGUCUAUGGCCAUGUACUGGGUUAGAGUUGUAGCCACCAAUGAGGGUGGGGAUGGUGAGCCUCAAGAUUUGGACAACUACAUCAUUGCUAUGCCACCUCCAGUGAGACCUCAAUUCACUGACAAAAAACUUAAGAACUUCAUGGUAAUGAAAGCUGGGAACGCUGCUCGAGUCAACUUUAACUUUCAGGCCUCUCCAGUACCAAUUAUUAAUUGGCUCAAGGACGGCUUGCCUGUGCCCAAGCAUGUGACGGUGAGCAACACGGACACAUCAUCGCAGCUGAUGAUCUUCUCAUCAGAACGCCAGGACACAGGAAUCUACACUAUAAUUGUGAAGAACCUUGUCGGUCAAGAAACCUCCAGUGUGGAAAUAAGAAUUACAGAUGACCCGAAGCCUCCAGGCCCCGUGGAGCUGGACGAGAACGUGUCGGGAACAGUGACAGUCUCCUGGACCCCGUCUCCAGAUGAGAAGAAAGACGACAGGCUGCACUACAUGAUCACCAAGCGGGAUUCCGAGAAGCGUACCUGGCAAAUCAUGGCAGACCAUCUCUUCAAUAACAAGUUCACUGCCAUCAACAUCAUGCCGGGGAGACAGUAUCAGUUCCGGGUCUACGCCAAGAACGACAUGGGACUCUCCGAUCCCUCCGAGUCUGCAAGAUGGGAAGUGAAGAGAGCGAAAGAGAUAUUUACCGUGAACGUCCCAGCCUCUAAGGACUGCAGCUUCGAGACGCCGCCAUCAUUCUCCGUUCCGCUGAAAACGCACAACAGUCCGGAGAAGUACGAGUGCUACAUGAGUUGUGCAGUGACGGGAAAUCCCAGACCCUAUAUCACCUGGUACAGGAACAACAUCAGCCUGAACACCAACACCAACUACCACAUCACCAACACCUGCGGGGUGUGCUCCAUGGUGAUCCUCAAAGUCGGGCCGAAGGACAGUGGAGAUUACAUGGUCGUAGCGGAAAAUAAUCUGGGCAGAGUGGAGUGCACAACCAAACUUGUUGUUAAAGAUUGA